CUCCGUCUCGCGCAGCUAUUCUUUCUUUCUCUCUUUUCACACACGCUCUCUCUCACUCUUUCUUUCUCUUUUCUCUCUCUCUCUCUCCCUCUCACACUGUCACUUCUGUCACACCUAUACUCCUAAAGCAAAGAAGAAAGAGAGUGACAGUGUACCCAUUUGCGAUUAAAGUACCUCUGCACACAUAUACACACACGCGCGUCUUCAACUCAUGUUUGCAAAAUCAAAGCGAUUCCAAGAAGGCACAAAAGAAUACAUUCCAGGACCUGGUGAAUACAACAUUCCAACAGGCGAUGACCUGGGCAGGCAUAAACGCUAUGGGUUCCUGAACCAGACCAACCGGUUUAACGGUGAAGGGCCAGUGGAGAUAUCCCCCGAUUUUUUUGCUGGUGAUAACUCCACCGCGAGCUUGUCGAGCGAAACACGAUUCUCUUCGGUGUCGACGAGCAGCAAUAAAACCGAAGAUGCACGUACACGGCGGCAAAUGAGCGAACUCGCGACGCAAUUCGAAAAGUAUCGUCACUCGAUGCAAAAGGAAAUCGAAGCACUGCAGCUCAAAAAUCGCAAGAUGGAGGCAACUGUCCAGUCCAUGACCUUGGAUAAAGAGACUACACAAUCAACGUUGCUCAAGAAAGAUCAAGAACUCGCAUCGAUUCGACAAGAGAACCUGUCACUCCAGAAAUCGGUAAGUACACAUUAUUACGCGCAGCAUUCAUACAUGUGUGUGUGUCUCUUACACUUGAUGCACGCAUACCAAAGCAGCAAAAACCAAAUGACUUACUCAUUAUUUUUCUGGGCUUGGAUGGGUGGCGGCGGAAUCAUAAAAAAUUAUAUUAUCAUUAUUGCAUGCACUAUUAUUAUCAUCAUCAUUGCCGCUGUGUAGCUGGGUCGCUUGGAAAAGAAUA